CUUUUUGGCGAUGGAUUUAAGGUACCAAUUUGCUUGGCUACAACGUAACACAGGGAGCCCCUUUCUCGCUCUCUCUCUCCGUCGCCGGAGCACCCAAUUUCACGGCGGAGCCCUUUCUCGCUACGGCUGAGUCGCUGUCUCCGCCGUAAUGAGGCUCGUGGUACCUCUCCAGGGCGUGGUUCAGGGCCGUGGAGGCUUCCUCCUCGGCUCGCUCAUCCCUUGCUCUCUCUUCUACUUCCUCCAGCUCUACCUGAAACGACGCCGUGCUCAUCCGCCGUCGUCUCGGCCCGAUCUCUCCGUUCGGGUCUCCUCUCGGGCGGGUCCCGUGGCAAAGCCAAGCGAUUCGCCUUACUACAUAGGGUUGGAGACGGCCAAGAAGGAUCCGUACGAUCGUACGAGGAAUCCCGACGGGAUUAUGCAGCUCGGGCUGUCGGAGAGCACGCUGUGUUUCGACUUGCUCCAGAAAUGGAUGUCUGAGAAUUUGAUGGAGUCGAUGAUUCCAAAUGGUGAUGAUGAUCUCAGUAUCAGUAAGAUCGCCAUGUAUAAGCCUUUCGAUGGCCUGAUGGAACUGAAAGUGGCUAUUGCAGGGUUCUUGUCUCGGAUUAUGGGAAAUGUGUCAUUUGAUCCUGAAAGGAUGGCGAUAACUGCCGGUGCAAAUCCUGCUGUCGAAAUUCUGACCUUCUGCUUGGCAGAUCAUGGAAACGCCUUCCUCAUUCCGACACCCUAUUAUCCCGGCUUCGACAGGGAUAUCAAAUUCCGGACGGGAGUGGAGCUGAUACCAGUCCAUUGCCGCAGCUCUGAUAAUUUCACUUUAACCAUAUCUGUUCUCGAUCAAGCGUUCAACCAAGCUAGACAACGGGGAAGGGACGUUCGUGGAAUCAUCUUCUCAAAUCCCUCGAACCCUGUCGGGAACAUAAUGUCACGGGAGCUGCUCUACGAUAUCCUACGCUUCGCCCAAGAAAAGAACAUCCAUGUCAUUUCUGACGAGAUAUUUGCAGGAUCUGUCUACGGGGACCAAGAGUUUGUGAGCAUGGCAGAGAUUGCUGAUUCGGGAGAGUUCGAUAAGAGCAGGGUCCAUAUCAUCUAUAGCUUUUCAAAGGACCUUUCUAUUCCGGGUUUCAGAGCUGGAAUCGUCUAUUCCCAUCACGAAACCGUAGUAGCCGCUGCAAAGAAACUGACGAGAUUUUCCUCCGUGCCCGUUCCAAUCCAGAGGCUACUCGUCUCGAUGCUCUCUGAUUCAAGAUUCAUCGAGGAAUACAUUACUGCCCACAGGAAAAGGAUAAGGGAUAAGCAUGAUCGGUUUGUGGAUGGUCUGAAACAGCUGGGAAUUCCGUGUGCUGAGAGCGGUGGCGGGUUGUAUUGUUGGGUCGAUAUGAGCAGUCUGCUUACUUCCCACAGUGAGGAAGGAGAGCUCGAGUUGUUCGAGAGGCUGCUAACUGUUGCUAAGAUCAACGCAACUCCCGGGUCGGCCUGUUAUUGUAUAGAGCCGGGAUGGUUCAGGUGUUGCUUUACCGCUUUAACCGAUGACGAGAUCCAAACGGUUAUGGACCGUAUCGAAAGGGUUGCUCGGUAGGAAUUUAGAUCCGGGGAUCGAAAGAGAGAAGCUUGCAAGUUUCUGCAUUCUAUCUCGCUUCUAUCUGUACAUAGUCUGAAUGGCAAGAGGCGGCAUCUGGCAGCUUCGUUGUUUAGAAAUUCCUGCAGGGAAGUGGUACUGUUUUCAGUCGCUUUGGUCUAAAUUCACUUCAGUACUUAGUGGCAGAUUCUCUGUGUUUUUUUAGCUUCAAAAAAGGUUAACAGAAUACCGAAACGUCGACCCGUAACUGGGGGAGUCUACUUUGUCAUUUCAAUAGCUGAAAGAGCUUUCUCUAAGAAAGAAUCCCUCCCCACAAGGUUGGAACUUGACGCAACUCGUUAUAUAACUGCUGGAUACGCCGGUGAUGUUGUUCCCAUAUGUCGGGAACUGGUGGUUGCUGUCUCUCUCAUGCUUCCUCGUCAUCAUGUUUCAGACGUUUUUGUUCAACUCUUGUCUUGUGUUUCUUCAACGUUUGAUUUGGUUUUUCUUCUUCUUGAUUUAUAUUA